AUGGAGACGAGUUCAACGACAUGGGAUGUAAACUAUUUCUCUAAGAAGCAAACACUCGAUUCCACAUGUUUUGCAUCGCUUUCAAUAAAGUUCCGAGGGAUCGAGCGGUGUAUUAUCCAGGACCGUAACGGUCGUGUAAUCCUAGUUAAACGAAAAGUCGUACAAGAGAAAGAAGUCGAAUCUGUGAUCCCAUCUUUUUUCCUUGCUGGAGAAGAAACAUGCAAUAAAUAUGUGGCUAACGUGUUGUCCAAGGCAAGGAUAUGCAGCUGGAUUCAGCAUCGCAUCGUUACUAAAAUCUCCAAAGACGCGAUUUACAUGAGCCACCUACUUGGAGAAGAAGAAGAAGAAUAUGGUUUCUCUAUUGAAGCUGAAGUCGAAGUUGUAAAGGAGAUUGUGGUACUAAGCUUCAAUGAUGAUAAUGAGCUGGAGGGUCAUCGUCACGACGACUGCUGCACAAUCUGUAUAGAAGAGUUGUUGUGGGAUGGUACUGGUGAGAGGAAGAAGAUCAUGACGUUGCGUUGUUCCCACAAAUUUCACGAGGAUUGUAUUCUCAAGUGGCUGGAUCGCAAGGACACAUGUCCUAUUUGUCGAGAAAAUAUAUUGUCUUCAUGA